ACUAAAUUUUAUCUUUUCUGGUUUUACUCUUAUUUCAGUGCCUAUAAAUACCUCCAUUUUUCUAGUGUUCAUUCACAACUCAAAAUUGCAAUCUUUCUUAUUAUUAAAAAAAAUAUUUGCAAACUUUUUUAGUCAUUCGAAGAGACUAUGGCUCGUUCCGUUUACUUCAUGGCAUUUCUUUUCUUGGCAAUGACACUCUUUGUUGCCUAUGGGGUGCAAGGUUAUAACAUUUGCAAAACAAAAAGCAAAUAUUUUGAAGGAUUAUGUUGGGUUGACUCUUCAUGUAGAAAAGUUUGUAUCGAGAAGGAUAAAUUUGAAGAUGGUCAUUGUAGCAAACUCCUAAGGAACUGCCUAUGCACUAAGAUAUGUGCAUUUGACAAUAUUCCUAAUGAUGCUGGAACUAUUUUGGUUCAGGAUGCUAAAUCUCUCGAAGCACAAUUGCUUGAAGAAGAGAUUUUCAGGGCGUAAUUAAGUCUGAUUAUGGAUUUACUGUCAAACAAAAUUAAAUGAAGUGUUGCCUUUCUUAAAAGGGUAACUUAUAAUGUUGUGUUCUUGGCCUAUAGUAGCCAUUUGACACAUUAAAUAAGUUGUGAUACAUCAGUCCUUUAUGUAUCUUGUUUUAAAUUUGUGUGUGUUUAAAUGAAAAGAGAUCUUUUACGCUCUAUAA